AGGCAGCCCUCCACCCUUUUUACUGGAGCCUCCUCCAUCAGGCAGCGCGCCGGCUCGCUGGGGAUAAUUACACGAGCCAAGCCGAGAUCAGCUGUAAAACUUCCCUUAACAGACUCUGUAAGUUUUAAACCGGACUUUAAAGACGACUUCAAACCCGUGAUACGACCACCACGAAUUCCACUCUUCUUGGAUUUUGGAGUUGUCUUGUUUCGCACCCCCCCCGCCCCCCGCACCCCGCACCCCUUUUCGGUCGUUCCCCCGACUCCACGUUUUUUGGUUUUAGUGGCGCGAUGAGCAUGUCUGGCAUCUCAGCGUCUUCUCCGUCCCAGGACACAGCGACCCUCUGAUGUCACGUGUUGAUGUAAACACUUGGUGAAGUUUGAAACGAAACGGAAGGAAGAACAGAAAGAAAGCGGCGACAGUUUUGGUUUGAUUGGCCCAAGAGAGGAUGAUCCCACCUGCUAACAUGAUCCAGGACGAACGUGGCGGUAAAGAGAACGAACGGGAGGUGUCGGAGAGCCCCCAGUCCCCGGCAAUAAGUGUCAAUCAACCGGAAACGAAGAAUACACUGAGGCCUGAGCACCACAAGCGCAAGCUGCAGAAACUGAAGCGCUCCUUGUCCUUCAAGACCAAGAGCAUCCGCAGCAAGAGCGCUGACAACUUCUUCCGGACCAGCAACGACAACAAGACAGAGUUGCUCUCCGACGUGAGCAGCAGCACGGGCCAUCUCAGUACUAUUGGGAUGGCCCCCCCUCACACCAUCAACCUCCCCAUUCCUCCAGUCCCCCCAGCCAUCCCCUGUGCCCCUCCUCCUUCAUCGCGUUCCCCUUCACGCAACCCAUUUCAGCUAGACUCGGCGGGACACUGUUUCAUGGAGCACAUCUUCAAGAAGCCCACCUUCUGCGAUGUCUGCAACCACAUGAUUGUAGGUACGACAGCCAAGCACGUGGUGUUCCUGGCAGGGAAUACGGCAAAACAUGGCCUGCGCUGCAAAGCCUGCAAGAUGAGCCUCCAUCACAAAUGUGAGAACGGAGUGGGGCAGCAACGUUGCAUGGGCAAACUGCCAAAAGGCUUUCGACGGUACUACAGCUCUCCAUUACUGAUCCAAGAACAGUUUGGGUGUAUCAAAGAGGUCAUGCCCAUCGCUUGUGGAAAUAAGGUGGACCCUGUGUACGAGGCCCUGAGAUUCGGUACAUCACUUGCACAAAAGGCCAAGAGAGCCAGUGGCUCUGAAUCUCCUCACAGAAACUCGACCAGUGACUUGGACAAGGUUCCAGAGGAAGCUGUAGCUCACAGCAGUAGGCACGAGCUGUCCAGGAAACACAGUGAUGAUGUUUUUACAGCCCUUGAGAAUGGAACAGAUCAUUACCAUCAGCCAGAGAGGAAGCCGGAGGAUUUGCUGGAGCGGAGACAACUUCAGAAGGACCCCGAGCACAACACCUAUGUGGCCUUGUACAAUUUCAUUCCCCAGGAGAGCCAUGACUUAGAGAUGAGACCAGGAGAUAAAAUCAUUCUUGCUGAUGACUCCAAUGAUGACUGGUGGAGGGGCGUAAUCGAGGACAGGGUUGGCUUCUUCCCAGCAUCAUUUGCUCAUCAGGUGCUGGCUAAAGACCAAGUGUACAGGUGUAACAGGACGUUCAUUGGAUGUAAAGAGCAAGGCCAGAUCACCCUGAAGCAAGGCCAGAUUUGCGUCAGCAGCGAGGGCGAAUGCAGCGGCUUCGUCAGAGUGGCCAGCGGAAAAAAGAGAGGCUACGUGCCCUGUGACAUUCUCGAAAUCAUCUGAGAGAAACCACUGAACGAAUUCGGGAGAGGGGCAGAGAUGGCAAACGAGGCAGAGAGCGAGAGAGAGAGUCAGCGAGGGUAUGUUGACUGGGACAGGAGCACUUGGGUCGGUUAUCGGGCUCCCGAAAGGGGGCCGACGAGAGGAAACCAUUCAACUUCAAAAUGGCUGCAUGAGACCAACUGCAGGAACUGGCCCUCGAUAGACGGCAACUAUAAAACGUGUUGGACCUUCACUCGCUACGGACAACUUUACUCCUCCUGCUCAGAGUUCCCAUUAGGCUCUCAUUGCCCACUCCCUCGCUCUCUCUCAGCUUGUGGAUGCUGAGGUGAUGGACUGUGUGUUGUUUGGGGAGACAUCCGUUCACUGUAUCACUGGAUUUGGUUUGAUUUAGAGGGUGCAUUUCCUUUCUUUAUUUUGACGUUUCUUUGUUGCUUCUGUUUUAUUAGUUUCCUUCCAGUACAAAAUGAACGGGGUUCGUCUUUGAGAAGGAUUUGUCUUUGCCAGGAAGAAAAGUGAGUUGACUGUAUGAGCUCAAAAAAAGGGAAACACAUAUUUACAACAGUUUUCUUUUUUCAAAAGGUUUCAUGCAAAUAAUGGCAUUUCGCCCUCAAGGUAAUGUAGCGGUCAUGCUUUGACAUUAAGUUCCAGGCGAUAGUUUGGACAGCUUUUAACUUUUAUUAUCAAAGUAGUUGCCGGUAAAUUCUAUGCUGAAUCGUGUGGUUAUUUUCCCUACCAUCAACUAAUAUGACAAACGGUUCAUAAUAUUAAUGAAUGUAUAAAAUAAUGCAUAUAUUACACAACUAACCUUACAGAAGUAUUUGACAAAAGGACUUCAAACUUUCAUAUAGCUUUCAAGGUGGGGAAAAAAGUAAUUGUAUUGCCUCUAGUUCACAAUUACAGACUUUACUAUUACACCAUUAAAUUAGUACCAUGCAUUUCUUUAUGCAACAAGAGAAGAACAGCAAAACUCACAAGGUGCAUCGGAAAGGUUUGGGUGAAUGUGUGAAGAGAUUAGAGACUCACUUUUCUUUCAAAAAAUACCCCAUCCCACUUUCUGGUAUCAUGUCCAGUUGGUUGCUCAUUGCAAUCUCAGGUUUUACUUAAGAACCUUUAAAACAUUUCCACUGAACUGACGAUUGAGUAAACACCACCUUUACUGUCCAGUGUGUUGGUGCUUUACACUUACAUGGUAGUAAUGUAUGAAAUUUGAGCUAAUCUUGAGUUCACUGGAUGUGAUUUUGACAAAAGUCUGUGUUAUUGUGAAAUACGGGGGGGGCAUAGGUACAGAGUACUUGUUGAUAACCGACAUGUUUUCUGCUGUGUACUUUUUUGCUCGACAGUAAAUGAUCAGAGUUAGGACUGACUCGUGAACACGUGAGAGUAUAUACACGACAUGAGACCGAUGCUUUUCCAGUCACCGCUUUCACCUCCAAUGUGAUCUCUCCGCUGUGGUUUUUCCUCUUUCCUGGCACAGAAUAUUCUAAGGAGGAUUUCCUGUUCAGAGCCAAGUUGAGGGAGUUUAUGGGAGGGUUUUUCACCACAGCAGACACAAUAUAUCGCCCAAGGGUCAUGUUGCACUGAAACUCGUCUCCACCAUGCAGAACGUCCAAACCCAUUGUAUUGUUCAUAUUGUGUGCACAAGAACAAACUCCCCCGAUUAUUAAAAUGACCAAAUGUUAUCGAUGUUGUUUGUGUUUUGGCAUGUAUGUUUUGUUUUUGUUUUUUUUAGAACAUUUAUUUUGGGAAGGGGCAAUGUACAUUAAUAA